CCCAGUUCUAAAGAGAGGCUGUUUACCAGAAGAGCAUAACAAGAGCCCGUCUGACUGCAAGGAGACAAAACUGCUGCCAAGGAGACCCCAUUUGGACACUGGCUGUUCAGUCACCUGCGAGCCUGAAGAGGCGAGGAUGCUGUUGGCUUGGGUACACACAUUUCUUCUCAGCAACAUGCUUCUGGCAGAAGCUUAUGGAUCUGGAGGCUGCAUCUGGGACAACGGCCACCUGUACCGGGAGGACCAGCCCUCGCCCGCGCCGGGUCUCCGCUGCCUCAACUGGCUGGCCGCGCAAGGCAGCCGCGAGUCUCUCGCCGAGCGCAGCCCCGGCAACCACAACUACUGCCGGAACCCGGACCAGGAUCCGCGCGGGCCCUGGUGCUACAUCAGCAGCGAGACCGGCGUCCCUGAAAAGCGGCCGUGCGAGGAUGUGCGUUGCCCAGAGUUGGAAGAGAAGUCUGGUACACCAGGUGACAAAGAGGCACAGGUGUUCCCUCCUGCUAACGUCCUGCCAGCCAGAAGCGAGGCAGCAGAGGUGCAGCCAGUGAUUGGGAUCAGUCAGCGUGUGAGGAUGAACUCCAAGGAAAAGAAAGACCUGGGAACUCUGGGCUAUGUGCUGGGCAUUACUAUGAUGGUGAUCAUCAUCGCUAUUGGAGUUGGCAUCAUCUUGGGCUACACUUACAAGAGGGGGAAGGACUUGAAAGAGCAACAUGAGCAGAAAGUAUGUGAGAGGGAGAUGCAGCGAAUCACUCUGCCCCUGUCUGCCUUCACCAACCCCACCUGUGAGAUCGUGGAUGAAAAGACCAUCAUCGUGCACAGCAAUCAGACUCCUGCUGAUGUGCAGGAGGGCAGCACCCUCCUCACAGGCCAGGCUGGCACGCCUGGGGCCUGAGCCCCUUCAGUGGGCUGGUGCCCAUGUUGACACUGGUACAGGACAGGCCACCCUCCUGCAGUUGGGAGGAGCUACAUUUUGUGUUGUGGUUAAAACCUUAUCCCAUUUUUCUUUCUGGGGGGGAUGUGACUCCUCAUGACACAAGAAGCAUGUAGCAUUAUGGGUGAGGGCGAGGAGGCUGGGUAGGGUCCUAUCAACGAUCCUUUUCUAUUCCUUGGAGCAGGGUUUGCCUUCGGAGAGAGACUGGCACAGUAGCCACAGUGGUGGCAAAUAAGGGCUUCCAUACUGCCUGGGCCAGGGAAAGACAGGGAGCUAGCUAAAGCUCCUCUGUCCUGUAUACUGAAGGUGGCCUCAGUCUCUGCCUUUCCAUUUGUCAUCCAGGAACUUGAGUGGCGCAUACUGUUAUUCAUAGUUAAGGUCAAGCAUUAAAAAAUAUAUAUACACAUACAUAUAUAUGUGUAUAUACACACAUAUGUGUGUGUGUGUGUGUGUGUAUAUAUAUAUAUAUAUAUACAUAUAUAUAUAUAUAUAUGAAUGAAAGGAAGAAAGAAAGAAAAAAUAUUUGGGAUGGAAGUCCCUUAUGACUUCUAAGAACCAGAAAUGAAUUUAUAACAAAAGUUAGAAUUUUGGGCCGCAAGUGGGUUCUAGAUGGGACUACUGGGCAUGCCCCAGCUUGCUGGCAGCAAUGUGCCUUGACAACUGUGGGCUAGGCCUAGGCCCAAAGGUCUCUUCCUGUCUUUUAAGGAAAGGGGAGAAUUGCACUAAACCUUUCAGUUAGGUAAAGGACCCACUUCUGCCUUCAGCAUCAUGCUGAACUAAAUAUCCAGACUGUUUUGGGGGGGCUUGAUAGAGGAACCUCUCCAUUUUGUGCUGAUAAGAAAAUAGCCAGCCAACCCAUGGGAAUUACACACUUGAGGGUCUAGUGACCUGCAUCUGAAAGGUGAGCCUAGAGACUAAGCCAGAGGCUAGGUGACAAAGGCAUGAUGGGGCUUGCUUUGUCAUCCAGCCUGGCUUACAGGCAGUCCUAUGACCCCCAGGCCAGUUCCUUCCAUAGGGUUGAGAUUUUGUUCCUUCCAACCGGUACAAAACAGUCACUUGAACCACUGGGAAGGACCUGAAGUGUUUUCCAGAAAAGUGUCCUGCCCAAGGUGAAAGCAGCUUUGCGUGUCCUACCAGAGUGCCCAGCCUUCUGGCCUUGGCAGUGUCCCCAGCCAGGAGCCCCUCCACUCCUGACACUGAGAGCAGGCUUCACCAGGCUGCUCUCUAGAGCCAUUUGUUGAGGGGGCCUGGAUCUCAGGGUUCCCAUGGUGGUGUUGACUGUGGGAAAGAGAACAGUACUACUUCUUACUUUCCUAUGAAAGUAUUUCUCUGUGUGUUUUAUAUACCUCAUUCUGACACCUGUGUAUGAACUAUGGCAAAUUGCUCUGCAUUUGACUUAUAUAAAUAAACACAAAACAUGAUUUUACCUCA